UUCACGGGUGAUUGUGGCGGAUGUAGUAGACCAACAAGGAAGUUAGCUAGUUUGGGCUGGUACAGCUAGCUAGCAGGCUGUAAAAUAACGAAAUUAAGCUCCAAUAAAUCAUUUUCCAAUUGGUUAUUUGUGAAAUAUGUCCAACAACAAUCGAGUGGAUUUACAGGAUGGAAACAUGUCACAAGUUUUGAGAAAAUGACGAGAUGACUUGCCUUACAGUGGCCUGGACAUUUGUGAUAUGUUAACGUUAAUCACAAAAGACAAGUGUGUAAGAUGGACUGAAGGAAUUAGUUAGCUGCAGACUUUUGAUAUGUUACUAGCUGUACAUGUAAAUAUAUGACCAAAAAGCACUGUAAGUUAUCUACAUAUCACUAGUCAACAUGGCCCUACAAAUAAGUUGUUAAUAUUUGCAUGCUCUGUCAUCACUUUUUAAGGUCAAUUCACCUGCACAUACAUUUGAAUGACUAACACAUAAACAGAGCUGAUCAUGUCACUAGCAAAGCAGGCACAAACGUGGUUCCCAACUCAUGUCCAAGCCACUGUUCUCCAAGCAACUGACCUACAAGCUAAGGGUAAGCACGGCAACAACGACGCCUACGCUAUCAUCCAGCUGGGCAAAGAGAAGUACUCAACAUCUGUGGCAGAGAAAACACUCAACCCAGUGUGGAGAGAAGAAGCCGCCUUUGAACUGCCUGGUCUGCUUCUGGAGGGCAAUCCAGAAAUCUAUGAAUUAUGCCUUAUUGUGAUGCACAGGUCCCUGGUGGGGAUGGAUAAAUUCCUGGGCCAGAGUACCAUCAAUCUCAAUGAUAUUUUUGAUAACAAGGAGCGAAGGAAAACAGACUGGUACUCCUUGGACUCCAGGCCAGGGAAGAAGAGGAAGGAGAGAGGGAAGAUCCAGGUCAGCAUUCAGUUCAUGAGGAACAACAUGACGGCCAGCAUGUUUGACCUCUCCAUAAAGGACAAGCCCCGCUCGCCCUUCACCAAACUCAAGGACAAGAUGAAGGGGCGCAAGCACGACGGUGGUCUCUCCGACACCACCUCAGCCAUCCUGCCCCGCUCCGCCAUGUGUGACUCUGAGACCCUUCGCCAACCCAGUGCUUCUGACCAUCAGCCAGAGCCCAAGAUCAAGAGACACCUACUGGCCGGCUCCCAUACGCUCUCUGCAGCCCGCUCCAUGUCUGACCUCAUUGGCACUCACUUCCGCCCCAAGCUGGACUCUAGAAACUCCAUGGAACAGCUGGAGAAAGAGAGUGGUGCCGCCCCUCACAGGCACUCCCAGGGCGAGGUGCCAGGCUACCAGGACAGCGAGGGGCAAGGUGAUCCUUUUACUCAUAUCAGCGAUGGCUUGCCGCAGAAGUACGCCACCCUCCCACGCAACCGCAACCCGUUCGAGGGGGAGCAGGGCCAGCUGUGGGACCGAGGGGAGAAAAAGGAGAAGAAGGAGAAGGUCAGCCUGCUGGAACGUGUGACCGGGAAGAAGGAGGGACGCAAGACCAACAACGGGGGGCGUUCGGGCAGCUCUGGAGACCUGCGCUCCAGCAACCCAUUCAGCAGCGACUCUCAGGGAAACACCCAAACAACCAACCCCUUCCUCUCACACAAAAAUAUAAGCGAUAAAAAUCACACCACUAAUGGAGACAUCCGAAAGGCAAGAGAGAACCACGGAAAGAAAAAUGAGACGAUGCAGACGAGCGCGGCUUCCUACAGCAACUUAUCUUUCGACGAGGUGGUGCAUGAGCUCAUCAAGCAGAAGGGGGUGGUGAAAAAGAAGGACGCCCAUAUCCGUGAACUGGAAGACUACAUUGAUAACCUGCUGGUGCGUGUUAUGGAGGAGACGCCGAGCAUCCUACGGACACCCUACGAGCCCAAGAGGAAAGCGGGGAAAAUCUCCAAAAAGAACUAGUGUCAAGGUAGAGUUAGGGGUUCCAACGAUAUGCUCUUGUUUCAGUGAGGGCCCAUCCUAGCCAUUGUGAAAUGUAUUGUGGGUAUAGAACAAAAAUGAAGAGAAGGGGAUUGACCCAUGCCACCAUUUUUAUUUUUUGAAUUUUUAUUUUAAUAGGUUUUGCAUGCUUUGAUUUGAGUGUACACCAGUUUCCCCAUCAAUUUCAUUGGGAAGUGAAGUACUCCCGACUACAUAAAUAUCUGACAAUUUGACUUGCAUUUUAACAAACCCCAUGGCUUUCCCAUAAUUAUAGAAAUACUAACCUGUGAAUCAGUUCAGUUGUUGUGUAGUGAUCCACUUACCCUUUUUUUGUUAUUAUACCUCUUGCUCUGUU